AUGGCCGCCGAUCAAGGCUACUGCGCUGCCCUUAAAUACUUCAUACGCAUACAUCAUGCCGACUUUGGGAUCACUCGUACAGGCGCUAGCCUCCUGCACCCGAUCUCUCUGUGGGUCGACGGAGCUAUGAUCUGUCACUUCGUUACUUCGCGAAGCGUGGCGAUAAAUAUCAACUCCGUAGACCGGGAGCGCCGCACUGCGCUACACUACGCGGCCAUAGCCAACAACGCGUCUGCGGUCGAAGCGCUUGUUGUGCUAGGUUGUAGCAUCAAUGGACGCGACAAAAAUGGCAAAUCACCUAUUUACGAGGCUAUCCGCGGCGGCGGCGCUGACACCGCUUUGCGGCUGUUACACCUUGGCGCCGACUGGCGAGCCACAGACGCGUUUGGCCAGACGUGCCUGCACCUUGCUCUCCGAUACAAUAGCGAAAUCCUUGUUUCGCGCUUCCUGCGGCUAGGCAUGAACAUCGGCGCCGUAGACCGGUUCGGAAUGACACCGCUUCAUCGGGCGUGCGGCGCGGGCAAUGUAGACCACGCCCGCGAGCUUCUUCACAGGGGAGCGGCGUGGGAUGCGCGGAACAUGCAUGGGCGCUCACCACUAGAGCUGGCCGUGGAGGCGAGGGCCAAGAGCACCGUAGAGACGGUGGUGUCGUGGAUGUUGACACUUCGGAGGGCGCAAAUCCGCGGAAGUCAACGCAGGAUAAGUCGAUACUUCGACAGUGCACUCAAGCUGGCCUGUGAGCUGGAGCUGGAUUCUACACGUAUCGGCAGCAUACUGAAGGAGGCCGGUGCAGAUAUCGACUACAGCAAGGUCAACGUUGAGAGGGUGUAUCUGGUUGGGCCGACAGCAGAGAAACGUGAUCCUCUUGUUCCUCGAGGCGGUCCUUAG